AUGUCUUCCACUUUCAAGAGUUCCUUCAGUGUCACACACAUCGGUACUGCCACUGCCAUAUUUGAAAUCGAUGGAAUAAACUUCCUGACCGACCCGUUUUUCUCCGCUGCCGGUACGACGUGGGAUAUGGGCGGUGGAGUUGUGCUCAAGAACACUGAGACGCCAUCUCUUGCUCUCGAGAACCUGCCCGCGAUCGACGCCAUACUUCUGAGCCACGAAGACCAUCCCGACAACCUAGAUGACCUAGGCCGCCGCCUCUUAGACGGCCGCCACGUGUUCACCACGAUGGACGGCGCACACAAGCUCGCCCCUCGCCCAGCCGUCCGAGGCAUGAAGCCCUGGCAGACCGAGUCCAUCGCACUCGGUGGCAGACCGUUUGAAAUCACCGCAACUCCAUGUCAGCAUCUGCCCGGCGGCGAAUGUACCGGGUUCAUCAUCACCUCGGAAGAGUUCGGCACUGCAGCGAAUGGCAAGCCGAAUGCUAUCUACUUCACUGGUGACACCGUAUACAUCGAUGAGCUUGCCAAGAUCCCGGAAAAGUUCCACGUUGUCUGUGCGGUGAUGAAUCUUGGCUCAGUGAUCGCUAGUGGCCCAGAAGGCCCCUUGCAGAUCACUAUGGAUGGCAAGCAGGCUGCUCAUCUUUUCCGCACGAUUGGAGCUGAAUGCCUUGUGCCAAUGCAUUAUGAGUCCUGGGGACAUUUCACCCAGAAUGGGAGAGAUUUGGCCGAGGCUUUUGAAGAGGAGGGCAUCGCGGAUAAAGUCUGCUGGCUGAGCCCUGGAAAGUCUGUCAAGGUGUUGUAG